UGUGAGCCAAAGAACACCAUGUUUAACUUUGAUUACAUUUAAAAUAACAAUUUUAAGAUGAAUUAUGCUGUAAAUGCAGCGUUGUUCGCUUCGAUAACGAUUUUGCCUGUAAUCGUCGAGAGAAUCUUGAAGCAAAACCACAAGAAGAAAUUAAUAGAACUAAAAUCGGAGAAAAACGAUUAUUACCACGAGAUUGUGUUCAUUAACAUGAAAAACUUCGAUUGCAGAUUGCAUCUGAUUAAGAGAUACGAGUGCGGUGAUUUCUGUUCUGCAGUUCACUACAAAAGGUUUAAAAACUUUAUGUUAUCGGCUAAGAAAUCGAUUUCGAUUUGCAUGUAUAUGAUGACUUUCGAAGAGAUUGCUGAAUUGCUGAUUAGAGCCCACAUUAGAGGGAUCAAGGUGAGAGUAUUGAUGGACUUAAUUAUGUCUGAAACGAAGGAGAGCAAAUAUACGUUUCUGAAAAAAGCAGGCAUACCUAUCAAAUGUGGGGCAAAAAUGGAAAUGAUGCACCAUAAAUUUUGUUUGCUGGAUGAGGAAGAUUCAAACCUGGGUAAAAUAAUGUUUGGAUCCUUAAACCUAACCAAUCAAGCAUUUUCACGAAAUUUUGAUAUGACUGUUUAUUCCAACAACUCAAAUAUUAUUAGUAGGUUCAGCGAUGAAUUUGAAGAUUUGUGGAGUUAUUUGUGAUAUUUUGUAAGUAAGGC